CCAAAUUGAUUUUGAUUGUUCGAUUCAUUCAAAAAUCUUGUUUGCGGACUUUGAUUCACACGUAAAUUAAAUUCAACAAAAUCAUAUAUACCGAAAUAAUAAACGUGUUAACGAAUGUGUUUUUAAAAAAAGGGUUCUUUUUAAACAAUAGCAGAAAAGGACAGAAUGGCUAGCGUACCUGAUAACGCACCUCACGAAUGUCCCGGAACCCAAAGCGAGGACGCGGGCAAGGCCUCGGCGUGCGCGGGCUGUCCUAAUCAGAAUAUUUGUGCCUCAGGUGUACCGGCAGGGCCCGACCCUGCCAUUGAACUGAUCAAGAAUCGCCUCUCAAAUGUGAAGCACAAAAUACUUGUGCUGUCAGGCAAAGGCGGAGUGGGGAAGAGCACUGUCACAUCUCUGUUGGGACAUGGGCUAGCUAAGAUGAACCCUGAUAUCAAUGUAGGCAUCUUGGACGCAGACAUCUGCGGGCCGAGCCAGCCGCGCGUGCUUGGAGUCCGCGGCGAACAGGUCCACAAUUCCGGCUCCGGCUGGUCGCCUGUUUACGUGACAGACAACCUCUCCCUGAUGUCGAUCGGCUUCCUGCUUGGGAGUCCCGAUGAUGCGGUCAUCUGGAGGGGACCCAAGAAAAACGGUAUGAUCAAGCAGUUCCUCAGCGAGGUGGACUGGGGAGAUUUGGACUAUUUACUGAUCGAUACGCCGCCAGGGACAUCAGACGAGCACCUGUCGCUGGUUCAAUAUCUAUCCGCCGCUGGUGUAACGGGUGCCGUGGUGGUGACCACUCCCCAGGAAGUGGCGCUGCUGGACGUGCGGAAGGAGAUCCAGUUCUGCCGCAAAGUGGGCCUGCCCGUUAUAGGCGUUGUGGAGAAUAUGUCGCUAUUCGUCUGCCCCAAUUGCAAGACACGUAGCGAGAUCUUCCCGGCCACCACGGGCGGCGCGGCGCAGAUGUGCUCGACGCUGCAGGCGCCGCUGUUGGGUGCUUUGCCCCUCGACCCGCUGCUGGCGCGCUGCUGCGACUCGGGGCGGGACUUCCUGCAGGAGAUACCGAACUCCCCCGCCGUCUCCGCGCUGCAGAGCAUCGUCAAACAAAUUGUGUCUACCUGUGAAAGUUGAAACCAAAUGAUAAUAAAGGAAUGUUGAGAAGAAUAUUUCAGUCUGAGAAGUAGCGUUAAUCACGCAUAAAGUCAUUUUUGCCAAUGUUAUAAGAAUAAAAUCAAGCUAUAGAUAAAUAUUUACAGUUUAUUCAAGUAUUAAAAGAUAAUGUAUGUGAUGAUAAUUAAUGAUAAUAAACAAAGGA